CCUUCACUUCCGUUAAAGCCUGACGAAAGUGUGUCAAUUCUUUCCAAAUUAAAACGUCCAAUCCUUAAACUAGGAACGCGUUUGAAUUACUGCAAUGAUAAUAACAUAUGUUAUGGAAUAAAAAAAAAUUGCUGUCGGUUAUGAGUUUGGUACGGAGUUAAUAUUUUGGAAAACAAUCAUAUGCUAGCUAAAUAUUAGCGCUACAAAAUUAUGUUGGUAAACCGAAGGUCGGAGUUAUGCUAAUUGGCUAAUGAGCAAAUUAAAGUAACUGAGCUGUAACUAUAAUGGCGUAUCAAAGAACCCCCGGUGCCAUUGAUAGCUUACUCUGCCGAUUGGUCAUUGAAGUUCGCGAGCUUUCUCAAAAGAAGAAUGACAUUGACCGGGAGGUUGAAGUUCAUAAAGCAAACAUUGCAGAAAGGAGGACUUACAUUGAAACAACUCGCACACAGAUCAAGGUGCUGGAAGAGGGUGCUGAAGUGAAACACAACACUUUGAAACACAACAGGGCAGUUAUAAAAAGCAUGAAGGUGACUCAGGGCUUGCUCCUUCAGUAUGAGCGAACGUUAAGAGCAGAACUGGAGAGCGUAAAAGCCAAUUACGACAAUGACAAGGAAGGAUUCAAAGACAAAAUUACAAGUUACAGGAAGCUGUUUCAGGCUCAUCAGAAGCCAUUUGCGCAAACGCUCCAGGCGCAAAAUGAUGACAUGGAGAGUCCAACCAUGGUGUCUCAUGAUGACGUGCCAGUCAAAACCAAGGAAGGGGGCCGAGCCCAUGUCACUGAUUCUGACGCUCCUCGUUCCUCCUCAGAGCAACGACCGGACAGUCUUAUUUCUUCCAGCGCAGAAGCAGACGUGGGAAUGGAGAGUUCCCCUGUGAAGGACUCCAUGGCUGUCGUCUCCACUGUGAAUAUCAGUGACAUGAAGGGAUGUCCGAGCGGUCCAGAAACCUCCGCGGACGGCAAUGCUGAAGAAAUGGACGUGCAAAGUGAGGCCCGAGCAUCACUUUCCUGCAGCGCUGAUGAAACUAGAAGCAGUGAGCAACAUGUCGGGGCACAAGAUCAUCAUGGACCAGAUGAGAUGCCCGGUGAGGAAGAGGACGACCAAGAGGUUCAACCAUUAAGCCAAGCAAAGCAGUCGCCUGUGUCGGAGGAAAAGGAGGCAGCACGGGCGCAAAUGGAGGAAAGAGCCCCAGCGGAGAAAGAGGAGCAGGCACCACAGCAACAUGGCGUUCUUUCGCUUCCGCAGGGUCAACAAGUACAACCUCAGUCCUCCACCACGCCUGGCACGCCAACAUUCCACUUUAACUUUAGCCCAACUUCCUCACCAGUUGAGGGCACAUCUGGGAGCAAAUCUCCAGCCUUCAUGUUCUCGCUCAACUCUAAUCCCAGCACCCCAGGCUACUCCAGUUUCAGCUUCGAUGGCGUCCCCUCCCAUGAUGAGGAUCUGUCGUUCCCUUUCGGCGGCUCCUUUUUCAACGACAAGAAAAACCAGGAGACUAAAUCAGGCGGCCUGGACUUCCUGUUCAACCAGCCGGAGCAAAGCGAGGACUUCCAGUUCCCCUUCACCUCCGAGAGCCCCGCAGAUAACAAGGAAAACACGACCACCGACUUUCCCUUUUCAUUUAACUUUUGAGAGACAUUCUUGGUUUGCAUUUGCUUCUUGCUACAAUGUUGAGAGUGUUCAGAGAAUGUUGACUGUAAAUGGCCCAAUGUGUGUUCCGUGUUGUGGCAUCUGGUUGAUUGUUUUAAAAGUUUCAUUUCUUUAGUAAUUUAGAACAACUGUUACUGUUUGAACCUUUCUUAAAAGCAUUUCUUUCCUCAAUGUACAACUUCAGUUUUGUAAUAUUAUUUGAAAAAUAAGAAUAAAUUCUCUUAACUUGGUACGUUA